UUUCCCCCAGGAGUGAGAUGUUAAAUACCAGCCUGACACAGCCCUGAGCAUUCAGACUUGCCUCCUGAGACAACAUCAUGAAGUCACUGGGUGUCUUCUUCAUGGUGCUGCUCACCCUCUGGAUGGUGCCACCAUCUUGGUCUGGCACAAUCUUACCUGUGCAACAAAUCCCCAGAGGGAAACCUGGAACCUGCCCAGACGUCACCUUUAAGUGCGCCAUGUACAAUCCCCCAAAUCGCUGCCACUCUGACUACCAGUGUCCAAGAUUCAAGAAGUGCUGUGAGACUUUCUGUGGGAGGGCCUGUGUUUAUCCUAAGGGACAUGGUAAAGCAUAACUUCCUGUGUCCCGAGGGCAUCCCCAAGCCAGGAGCAACCAUGACACCAGCUCGAUGUGUCUGGCCUCGCUGGGGUCCCACAGACCUGCCCUAGGAAAUCAGCUUACACAAUGCCUGCAUAGCACUUGCACUCUUAGGGCUUGUCUACAUCAGAAAGUUGCAGCGCUGGUGA